UACACUAACUACAGCCUACUACAGGGGGGCCACUGGUAUCCUACUGAUGUAUGACAUAACAGGGGAGCAUUCUUUCAUCAACCUGGCGAAAUGGCUGAGAAAUAUUGAACAGAAUGCGUCCACAGAUGUACAGCUGUUACUUGUAGGCAACAAAUGUGACAUGGAGAACAGAGUUGUGGAGCUGGAAAGGGCACAGAAGCUUGCAGAUAGCUUUGACUUGGAGCUGAUAGAAGCCAGUGCCAAGGAAAACAUCAAUGUGGAGGAGGCUUUUCUGGCGCUGGCAAAGAAAAUGAACGACUGCAGAUCCAGGAAACUGUCACGGAAAGUCAGCGCUCGUGAUGUCAUCAAAUGGGACAAGCUCGACCAAUCAGACGAAGACUUGAAGAAGAGUAAUUGUAGUUGCUGACUUAACACCUUAAUUGCACAUAAUUUAUAAAGUUUCCUACAUUUUCACCUAAAACCCUUCUGGCAUGAUCUUCUCUUAUUCAAUGUACUGUAAAAUGUAACCAAUAGUGGUGUCACUUGAUACUCUCCAAGCAGAGAUUUGGGCUUAUUUUUAGGCUUUUUCUUUUUUUGCGUUCCUUUUUACUUAAGAAAGGAUACCAGACUGUGCAAAAAGAAAGCUUGAAAACAUGCCAAAAAUAAGCCGAAACUCAAACCUUUGAUUGGAGAGUCGUCACUUGCACAAUCAGCCAGUAACUUUACAAAGAAUGUGUUUUGAUGUGAUUGUGAAUUUUCUAGGCUUUAAUCUGCUUGAUAUCUAUCUCUAUGAAUCAUAAUUGGUAAUUUAUGAUGUUGAAAAGUAAGCAAUAGUUUGCUGUGCAGAGUGAUAUCUAUAUCAUAAUGUCAGAUUGAGCAUUAAUAUUGUAUGCAUUGCUGGUUUUACUGCAGUUAUGUUUUUGUUGCAUAAUGAUAUUUGUGUAGACAGUUAUAGUUUUACUUUAUUUAUUUAUAUCGAGUAUCUUUUAUUUCCUUUUUCUUCCAUAUAUGACCAAACAACUCCUCAGUGCACAUAUAUGUCUUAUAAGAGUAAGAUUUAUAGUGAAAAAUCGUUGGAAUGUUACCCAGUAUUAAUUUUGUGACUGAUUGUCGUGGAUCAAACUAUGCACCUGAUCAUGACUUGUAUUGUUUGCAGAAAAAAUCUGAUAUACAUAAGAUAUAAGCUAUUAGAUGUGGCAGAUUUUGAUGUAAAAGUGUGUGACAGGUUUUCCAGUCGGCCAGUACAAUAUUUUUGUCAUGAAUUGUUUUAUAUAAUAAUAAUUUUGUUUUCCAUAAAAUCUAGUCAACCAUCAUACAACAGACUGAAUAGAAGUUUACUGUACUUAAAAUUAUUUGCUUUUGAAUUGUCUGCUUGACCAAACAGUUUAGUUCUUUCAAUAAGUCAUUUACUGUUCCCAGUAUUUUGUCAACUGUGAGCCUCUGAUUCAAAUGUAGCAUCAUAUGAGCAUGAAUUUUGAAGUUUCAUUUGGUUUUGUUUAUGUUACUUUUCAAUCUAUGCAAUAUGUUUGAAUUCAUUCAUACUAUGAAGGAAGUGAACCAUAAUUGUAUAUUUGGUAUCAUUAACAUUAUUCUGAUUAUUUUACAUUAUUAUAUUAUGAAGUCCCAAAGAGUCCUUCCACCAAAGAAUAACAGCUUUCUCAUGCUAAAACAAGGCAUUUUCUGACUUGGUUUUACAAAAAAUUGUGGAUGCCGUUACAAACUGGAUGGCAUCCAGGCUAACAUAUAUGUCUAGAGAGAGAAAAAAGGCUGUAUGCCUAAGGAAAUUGUUGUAUUAUAUUUUUGUGUGUCUUGAAUAAAGGUUGA